AUGGACCGCACUGAUUUCAAGAAGAUUUUGGCUUCUUCUUGGACACUCUCUGUCAAUGGAUCCAAAAUGUUUCAGUUAGGCAAAAAUCUGAAGCACCUAAAGGAAAAUGUGAGGGGGUUGAACUCUGUACUAGCCUCUUAUGCUCAGAAACAUCAGCAGGCGAGUCAACAAUUGGAUAUCACUCUAGCCAAAAUGCGAAGUGCUCCAUUAGCUCAGACUCUUAUUGAUACUGAAAAGAGAUUGUUGGCAGAUAUCAGAUUAUGGAGUAAUGUGGAAGAACAAGCUCCUAGAAAAAAAUCCAGGGCUCUUUGGAUUACAUGUGGAGAUUCAAACUCUAAAUAUUUUCAUGCUCAGUGCAAGAUAAGGUCAAGCAGAAACAACAUCACCUCUGUGUAUGAUGAUAUGGGCAAGAAAAUCAUUGAACCUCAUCUUGUAGAGAAGGAGUCUGGUAAGAUUCUAAAAACCUUUAGUGUUACUGCAGUCACAUUAGUUCAAAAAUUUGCUAAUCCUACCUUGGUUAAGGACUAUAGACCUAUAGCAUGUUACACUACUAUGUAUAAGAUCAUUAAGAAAGUCUUAACCAAUAGAAUAAAGGAGGUGAUAGGUACAAUUGUUAGCCCUUCUCAAACUGUAUUUAUAAAAGGAUUUCCUCAGAAGUUUAUGGAUUGGAUUACGGUGUGUGUCACCUCUGUUUCCUAUUCACUUGUUCUAAAUGGUGGACUUACAGCUCCUUUCCAAGCUUCAGGCCUACAAGCCAAUAUUGACAAGAGUUCCAUAUACAUGUCUGGUGUGCAGCCUCAGUUAAAGCAGGAAAUCCUUGCUACUCUAGGUUUUUGUGAAGGAACCCUUCCUUUCACAUACCUAGUGGUUCCAUUAUCUUCCAAGAAGCUGACCACUGCACAGUGCAUGCCAUUGGUGAAAAAGACUUCAUUUUAUCAAGUCAGUGGUGUUUGUCCUUCAGACAUAUUGGCACAAAUUUUUCUCCUUCCCAAGAGAAUUAUGAAGCUAAUUAAUAGUAUAUGCAGGUCUUAUUUGUGGACAGGAGAUGCUACUAUAUCCAAGAAAGCCCUUGUAUCUUGGGUUAAAACCUGCCUCCUUAGAGCUGCUGGUGAACUCAACAUUAUGAACCUAUGCUUGUGGAACAAAGCUACAAUUGUCAAGCAGCUCUGGGCAUUAUCUGAAAAGAAAGAUUGUUUUUGGAUCAGGUGGGUUCACAUCUAUUAUAUGAAGAAUGAAACUGUGGAAGAAUGUGCAAUCCCAAGUUAUGCUACUUGGGUUGUCAAAAAGAUUAUUGAGGCCAGGAAAUUUGAGCUAGAUGCACCUGCUCUUUAA